GGCAACGUUAUGCAGGUCAGGUGACUGUCUGCAGACAGAACAUGGCCGAUCUGUCAGAAGACCAAUGAGGAAAAGGCCAAAUUUUAGCAUAAUCGAUUUCAUUUUACGUUCUUUCUGAUCACAAAUUACCUCGUGAAUAACCCGAAACGCUCAAGAUGAGCGACUUUCCCGGUGGAGGGGCGGACGUCCCGAGCCUAAGUAACCAUCUGGGGAAAGACAACCAAGUUUGGGAGAGACCGUGGACUCUUGGGGAGAUGCGCCAAGCCAGUGCCAAUUGGUCUCUAGCAGCGGAUUCAGGGCUAUUCCUGUUCCUACAAGACUUUUCCCAGAGAAUGCUGUCAAAGACUCACGACAUUGAGAAGCAGCUAGAUGGAUUGAUGCGAGACACUAAAGCCACAGACAGCUGCCUGCACUCAGUCUUCAAUGACUUCCUCAUGCUGUCAAACACACAGUUCAUAGAAAAUAGAGUAUAUGAUGAAGAGGUGGAGGAACCCAUCGCAAAGGUGGAGAGUGCUGUGAAGCACCCGGAAAAGGAGAAGACUCGAGAGCAAAAAGAAGCCGAGCUAAUUCCCAAGAUGCAGGAAGCUGUGAAUUAUGGUCUGCGCGUCCUGGACUCUGCUUUUGAGCAGCUGGACAUCAAAGCAGGGAACUCUGACUCUGAGGAUGAGGAGGCCAUGGACAGAGUGGAGGCUAUACUGGAGCCCAAGGAUCUGUAUGUGGACAGGCCUCUGCCAUAUUUGAUCGGCUCACAAGCCUUCAUGGAGCAGGAUGAUGUUGGACUUGGCGACCUCUCCAGCGACGAGAUGUCAAUCGACAGCGAUCGAGACAGCGUCAUCGAAAGUGAAGACGGCAAAGGAGAAGUUCAGUCGGAUGAAGAGUUUGAGGAAGCGGAGGGUCGCGGCAGUAUUAACAAGAAGUCUUCAGUGUUGAGUUACGAGGAAGACGAAGAGGAGGAUGAGGAUUCUGACAUAUUUGGAGAAUCCGACAAGGAGGAGGAGUAUGAAGAUGAAAAUGAGGGAAAGAUUGCAAGCUCUACCUCUUUUGUGGAUGAGUUGGCAGCCCGAAUCAAAGGGGAUCCAGUCAGCAAAGGGGAGGAAGAACGUGCCUCAUUGGCAUCUUCCAAGAAGAGAGCUAAAAGCAAGAAAGUGGCCAAAGCUGAGAAGUCACCCGCUGCUGCAGUCGUCAGACAGGAGAGCGAUGACAUGUUCCAGCCUCCCAGGAUGGAGGAGGAAGAGUUCUCUCCAUUUGGUGGUGGAGGUGGUCUCUUCAGUGGCGGGAGGGGGCUGUUUGACGACGAUGACGAGGGGGAUCUUUUCGGCGACACGCCUAAACGUACUGCGUCGGAAGAUCAAGCCAAGAGCGCCGCUCACACGGCCGAAUCUGUGAAGUCUGAGAAGAAGGCACCUGCAGGUGCUGUUUCAGUGUUCCCAGCUGACAACGGCCUGUUUGGCUCAGGGCACAGCACUGCUCCAGUGGAGGGCAAGGAGAACGCCACCCAUGGGAAACCCAAAGCCCACCCAUCUCCCAAGCAGCCCCCCGUGAGAGCCAGUGGAAUCGGUGGUGGACUGUUUGACGACGAGGAGGAAGAGGACUUCUUCAGUGGGAGAAGCGUGAAAACGUCCAGCUCCGCUGAAAGGGGAAAAUCCAAAACGAAGAAGGUGGCGGAUCUCUUCUUGGGAGACGGAGAUGACGAUGAGGAGGAUGAGGGGGAUAUCUUCAGUGAGAAGUCAGCAGUCCAACCGCCGGUGCUCAACAAAAAGGAAGUCGUGGAGGAAGGGGCUAAACCCCCUGAGAAAAAGAUGCCUGCUGGGGCUAUUUCCAUCUUUGGCCCCGGAACUAAGAGCCUGAUGACGGAGAGUUUGAGAAGACGGCGAGCAUCGACCAGCGAAGGCUCUGAGAAAUCGGAGGAGAAUGGUCCUCCUGUAGAGACUCCUGUAAGCCAUACCACACCUGGUAACCAGACGCAGAUACCCCAGGCUAGAGGUCUCUUCUCGGACGACGAAGAUUCGCAGGUUUUUCCAACCCCCUCUAAGAACCAGUCCAAGCCCGGGUCUGCACAACAGCCCAAGGCCCCAGUGUCCUUGUUUGAUGACGAGGAAGAGGAGGAUCUGUUUGCAUCGGUGGCUAAAUCCAAGCCAAAGCCAAGCCAAGCUAAAGCCACCACACCCCAGCCCCAGAAGACGCUGUCCCUCUUCAGUGAUGACGAGGACCAGUGGUUGGGUUCUCAGCCCGGCACAGGGAGGACGGAGACCAAGACGGGGGGGAUGAAGGCCAGUGUAAGCGCCCCGUCCAACCUGCCCAGCGCUAGAGCCCCUCCCAACCUGCCCAGCGCUAGAGCCCCUCCCAACGGCAGCCUGUUCGAUGACGAGGACGAAGACCUUUUCGCCACUGCCAAAACAUCCAGUCCAUUGAAGUCUCAGAGGGUGGCGUUAUUAUUUGAAGACGACGAAGACCAAGGAUUCCUCUUUGGCUCCAAACCUGCCGUUGGCUCCAGUGCUAAAGCAUCAGCCACUAAAGCCCCUGUUGUGGCCCCCAAGGCCCCAGCCCCGUCCCUGUUCGACCAAGAGCCCCGCAAGGAGGUUCCUGCCUCGGGGAGCGUGGUCGAGAAGGCCAAGCCUCCGGAGGACACCUGCGAUGGGGAGGUCCCCGAUCGGCAGCCCCCCUCCUCCUCCUCCUCCUCUUCCACCUCCUCCACAAUCUCCUCCUCUCUGCCAGCCAGCGAUCGAGAGCCCAGGAAACAGAAGCCUGCGGGGGCUGUCAGCCUCUUCGGGGGCAUCGACAUCAUGGCUGGCAGGCGCAGAGAAGGAGCUGAGGGGGACGUCCUUACUGAGGAUCGCCUGCCGCCUCCGGAUGUAGGAGAGGAGGAGGAGGAGGAGGAGACCACGGAGAAGACGAAAGCCAACCCUGUCAGUAUUUUUGAUGGGGAUGAUAACGACGACGACGAUGAAGAAGAGGACAGCGAUUGGAAUGUUUCCGGUGCCGUAGUCCGCCCACCCAUCACUACAAACACACAACAGCCUGCAAGGGAACAGCAACGCACAAAGAGCACAGGUGUGUUCCAGGACGAGGAGCUGCUGUUCAGCGACACGCAGCAGAAGGACAACGACCCUGAUGUUGACCUGUUUGCCACCUCAGGGAAAACCGUGAGCGCGAAGCCGAGCUCCGUGAAGACAGACGUGCCGAGCCUGUUCGCAGACGACGACGAUGACCUCUUCAGCUCCGCUAAGCCCAAGCCUCCUCAUCCGAAAAUAGCGAAGAAACCCAGCAAACCCAAACAGGAGCCCACGCCGUCAUGGAAAGGCAUCAGCGCUGCUUCCACACCGGACAGCGAGAGGACAGCAGCAAGCCCUGUAAAGGCCAAAGAUCCCUUGUCAAGGAUCGGAAAACUACAAGCCAACCUUGUGAUCAACCCCAAGGCAAUGCUCCCCGGUGCGGCCCCCCGUUUUCCCGGGGCUGGGGGCGCUCUCCCGGGAACGCCCCCGGGCUCCUCCUCUGGGGUCUCCAGCUCCAGCCUGAGCCCCAGCCCCGUCACCACGCCCCUGGGGUCCACCCACUCGGGCAUGGAGCAGGGGGUGAGCUUCGAGAGCCCCCUCCAGGUCGCUCCGCUGCCGAGCACAAACAAGAGUCGUGUCAAAGGCUCGGGCCAGCGCAGGCCCCAGUCUCGGGCGGCCAGGCAGCAGUCUGUCCAGCGCUCUGUCUCUGACCAAGAGGACAGCGCAGUGGAGCCGAACCCCCGGCUCAACCCCACCACGUCCACUCUGGGCUUCCCAACCACGGGCCCAAAGCCCAACCUCCGCGCGCCCCGCCCCAUGCUGCCUAAACCCAGUGGGACCAGUGCGUUCCCCACGCCCUCGCCCUCCCAGCUGUCCUUCACGGAGUCCCUCACCAGACCCUCUGUCCUCUCGCUGCCCGUGUCCACCCACCCCGGGGAGACGGACUCCAGUGAGGUCAGCGGCGACGCCCAGCCUAUGCUGUCCUCCUCCGACGAGGACCUGUUCGGCUCGGUCGCGGUCAGCAAAAGCAGCGCGCCUCCCGCCCCCAGCAUCACCAAGAAGGCCCCGGACCCGUCUCCUGCCGGGGGGCCCGCCCCCGUGUCUAUUUUCGACCAGCAGGCGACCAGUGACCUGUUCCAAAAGGUGAAGCCGAGGGCGAAGAAAGCACAGGCGCCGUCCUUCAUGGAAGACGCUGAUGAGGAUGGCGACGAUGACGAGGAUAUCUUUGGAAUGAGCACUGGCUCCACCCCGAGUUCAACCUCAGACAGCAGGACCCCCUCCAGCCCUGCCAAACUGGAUAGAUUUCAGGACAACGAAACCACUCUGCCUAAAGCUGGUCACAAGAAGCACAAAGAGAAGACGAUGGAGGCCAGCCUAUUUGAUGACAAUGUUGACAUUUUUGCUGAUUUGACGAUGAGUUCCGGACCGAAAGAUAAGCCCAAGAAGAAGAUGGACACCAAAUCGAUAUUUGACGAUGAUAUGGACGAUAUUUUCUCUUCAAACAAAGUAAAACCAGUGAAGAAGGCUCCUCCUAAAUCCAAGAAGAGCAAACCAACCCAGGACAAUAGUGUGCCGGCAGAGUCUGCAAACAUAUUUGAUGAUCCGCUAAACGCUUUCGGCGGGAACUGAAGAGCUUCUUUUACUUGAUUCCGUGCAGUACAUUUGUACAAUUUGACAGUCACUAUUUUGGAAGACAAUUAAGGUUAAGGAAGCAGAGUUCGAACGACAACACUGUUAAUAGACUAUUUAUAUGAAAUAUCGUGGCUUAUUUUUGGAGGGAUAAUAAAGGAGCUAACACAAGUGAUUCCAAUCAACGUCCAACAAGCAUUUUAAAAUCAUCUCAGAAGCAUAGCAAUGUAUGUAACAGCUAUGGAAAAACGAUUCACUUUAUGUAAUAUACAUAGCACUUUACAAGCAUACUGAAUGCUUUGCCUCAUUGCAGAGACUUAACAGUAAACCAUUGUUCAACAAACCUUUGUUUUAUUUGGCUUUGCCAUGUUGAGAUUCCAAGUAAUUUAGUUUGUGCAAUUUCAUGGUUGUCAUUAUGUGUUUACUUCACGCCACUUGCUUCUCGCCAGUGUUUUUAUUAUUUCGAAAUAUGCCUAUUUCUUAACUUUGAUUGUGAAAAAAUGAGAUUUGUUUUAACUAAAGAAACGUAUUUUAUGCUACCUGAAAUGUGUGUGAUUAUUUCUUUUUUUUUGUACUCUAUAAAUACUGGAACAAUAAAUACUGGAACAAUGCAUUCCAGUAUCAAUUGAGUGAUUGUUGACUAAUUGUCCAAAUGUAUUACACUAAAAGAGUGAUGACUCCUCGUUUAGUAUCAGGCCUAGCUUCACACAGUGAAGCAAACUGUAUUUGAUCUGGUGUUCGAGCCUGGUUACUUUUAAAUGUAAUUGAUA